UGCAAUACUGGAGUGCAAUUUCCUACUCCAGGGGAUCUUCCCAACCCAGAGGUUGAACCCAUGACGAACUCUUGGCAUUGGCAGGUGGGUUCUUUACCACUGCGCCACCUGGGCCCCCUAGAACCUACAUAGUAUAGAAAAAAAUAAGAACAGAGAACAGUCAUCUUUGUGUUCUGUGCAGCUUGGACAUGGCAGUUGUCUUUGAAUAGCUUCCCUUAGUAUAAUAACCUUCCUUCUUUCAUCAUCUUCCUUCUGCCUCGCUGUCCUGACUAGGAAAGGGAGGUUAAGGAGAGGAUUUUAUGAGAGAAUGAGCCUCAUUUAGCAUGGCUGUAGUCUGAAUCAGCGUUCCACAGGAAGUCAGUUACCAGUACUGUCGGAAUGGGCUAUCCUGACAGGAGAAGAAGGCAUGUUGAUUUUGUGGCUUGACACUUGGAACUCUAUUGGUGGAGGAAGACAGCCUAACCAGGGAAGGGGUUUUUAGAUUUGAAAGGCAAGGCAUCCUUGUUUGCAGCAUCAGGAAUUGGUAAUGAGUGAGAACUUUUGGAUCUUCCCCAGAGAAUAGGAUAGGAAUGGGAAAUGAGGCAGCUUUUGUAUUACAGCAGAGUUUUUCAACCUUGAGCAAGAGCCAAAUAAUCCUUUGUUGUGGUGGGUUGUCUUGUACAUGAUCAUUAGGCGCAUCCCCAGUAUCAAUUUCUUAGAUGUCAGUAGCAUAUACCUUUCUACAUAACUAAAUGUUCCCUGGGGGCAAAAUCACCCUGGUUGGGAACUACUGUGUUAGAGUAUGGUGGGUGAAUCCAGAGAUGUUCAGUGUUCAGAAAUAUCAUAACAUGCACCAUUACAAAUCUAAAAUGUAGUAAUAUGAUUUAUUUAUUAUACUGCAAGAUUUACAUUCACCGUUUAGUAAAGACAGGUGUUUGAAAUCUCUUCCUAGCCCCCCAUAUUAGAAAUCUCUCUGUGGAAUUUUAGCAUUCUGUAUGGGAAAAAUGAAGCAAGAAGCUGCAGGCAUUGCUCAAGGGUCCAGCUGGAUGGUGGUGAUGAUGUGUCUUGUUUGGGGGUAGGUAGCCUCAGAGGUCUGAGUGUUGGUGUUGGUCAGGGCACCUGCAACAGUGUUGAAAUUUGCAAUGUUUAUUUCAACACUUUGUGCAUUGUCAGCCUUUUUCUGUUAAAGCCCUGUCCCAGGUCCACAGAAUAGUACCUCUUUAGUUGCAACUGAGAGAAAGAGCAGGCUGUUUGGCCCUGUGGCAAGAGCUUUACUGCCUCAAGCUUAAGGGGCAGUGUCCCUCCCUUAACUCUUAUAAAUGAAGCUUAAAGGCUCUGAAGAGAUACAUUUACAUAUUACUGGGACUGGGCUGGGUUCUGGCCUGAUUGUACUUCCUGGUCAGGAAAGCUGUCUGUCUACUCUUCUGGGGGUUGGGCACUAACUGAUUUCCUUUUUUCAUUUGGCCAAGAUCCUAUUAGUUUAAAGGGAGACACUCUCCUUUGCUUUACCGUUCUCAUUAGCUCUAGAUGGGAAGACAUGAUUUACCUUCAGGCCUUAUCGUGAAAAUCAUCUUGGGUAGAAAGGUUGAAAUAAAAUAACCCUGAUUUUAUUGCUGAGAGGAGCUGCCCACAUUUUCUUUGCAUUCCUGUACUGUGAUGCCAUAUUUAAGUGACAUCUGAAAUUAAAAGGCGCUUGCUCCUUGGAAGAAAAGCUAUGACAAACUUAGCAUAUUAAAAAGCAGAGACAUCACUUUGCUAACACAAAGGUCCAUAUAGUCAAAGCUCUGGUUUUUCCAGUAGUCGUGUAUGGAUGUGAGAGUUGGACCGUAAAGAAGGCUGAGCAGUGAAGAAUUGAUGCUUUCGAAUUGUGGUACUGGAGAAGACUCUUGAGAGUCCUUUGGAUAGCACAGAGAUCAAACCAGUCAAUCCUAAAGGAAGUCAACCCUGAAGAUUCAUUGGAAGGACUGAUGCCGAGGCUGAAGCUCCAAAACUUUGGCCACCUGAUGCAAAAAGCCAACUCAUUGGAAAAGACCCUGAUGCUGGGAAAGAUUGAAGGCAGGAGGAGAAGCAGGUGACAGAGGAUGAGAUGGUUGGAUGGCAUCACCGACUCAAUGGACAUGAAUUUGAACAAACCCUGGGAGAUAGUGAAGGACAGGGAAGCCUGGCGUGCUGCAGUCCAUGGGGUUGCAAAGAGUUGGACACGAUUGCGCGACUGAACAACAAAAGUAUACAAAAUGGAGGCAAACGACCAUUUUAACUUUACUGGCCUUCCCCCUGCACCUGCUGCCUCAGGACUGAAACCCUCUCCCUCCUCAGGGGAGGGGCUCUACACUAACGGGUCUCCCAUGAACUUCCCCCAGCAAGGGAAAAGUUUGAAUGGGGAUGUGAAUGUUAAUGGCUUAUCUACUGUAUCUCACACUACUACUUCAGGGAUUUUGAACUCUGCUCCCCACGCCUCCAGCACCUCACACCUCCAUCACCCCAACGUGGCCUACGACUGUCUCUGGAACUACUCACAGUACUCAUCUGCCAAUCCUGGCAGCAACCUCAAGGACCCACCCCUUCUCUCCCAGUUCUCGGGGGGACAGUACCCACUCAACGGCAUCCUUGGGGGCAGCCGGCAGCCUUCAUCCCCAAGUCACAACACUAACCUUCGGGCUGGGAGCCAGGAGUUCUGGGCCAACGGUACCCAGAGUCCCAUGGGGCUUAACUUCGACUCACAGGAACUCUAUGAUUCCUUUCCUGACCAGAAUUUUGAGAUGAUGCCCAAUGGACCCCCUAGUUUUUUCACCUCCCCACAGACUUCUCCUAUGUUGGGAUCCAGCAUCCAGACCUUUGCACCCUCCUCCCAGGAGGUAGGCAGUGGUAUCCAUCCUGAUGAGGCAGCAGAAAAGGAACUUACUUCCGUUGUGGCAGAGAAUGGCGCUGGCUUAGUAGGCAGCCUGGAGCUGGAAGAAGAGCAGCCAGAGCUAAAGAUGUGUGGCUACAACGGCUCCGUCCCUUCUGUGGAAUCAUUACACCAGGAGGUCUCAGUCUUGGUCCCUGAUCCCACAGUGAGCUGCUUAGAUGAUCCUUCACAUCUUCCUGACCAACUGGAAGGCACUCCGAUCCUCAGUGAAGUCUCUCUCGAGUCUUUCAGCACUCUGGCUCCGGAGCCAGUGAGUGGAGGACUCUACGGCAUAGAUGACACAGAGCUGAUGGGUGCAGAGGCCAAGCUGCCUCUAGAGGACAGCCCUGUGAUAUCUGCCCUUGAUUGCCCUUCCCUCAAUAAUGCCACGGCCUUCAGUCUCCUGGCAGAUGACAGUCAGACUUCAGCCUCUAUUUUUGCCAGCCCCACCUCUCCACCUGUCCUCGGGGAGUCUGUUCUGCAAGAUAAUAGCUUUGACCUGAAUAAUGGUAGUGAUGCAGAACAGGAGGAAAUGGAGACUCAGGCUCCAGACUUCCCACCUCUGACCCAGCCAGCCCCUGACCAGUCGUCCACUGUUCAGCUGCAUCCAGCAACCUCGCCAGCAGUCUCACCAACAGCCUCCUCAGCAGUCUCCUUGGCAGUGUCUCCAGCAGCCUCCCCGGAAAUCUCCCCACAAGUCUCCCUGGCAGUUUCCAGAGCAGCCUCUCCAGAAAUCUCCCCAGCCAUCUCCCCAGCAGCCUUCCCAGCGGUCUCUCCAGCUUCCUCAGCAGCCCUCCCACCAGUCUCCUCAGAAGUCUCCUUGACAGCUUCCCCAGUGACCUCCCCAAAAGCCUCCCCUGCAGAUUCCCCGGCAGCUGUCUUCCCAACAGCCUCCCCAGCAGACAAGGAUAUCAGCAGUGUUCCUGAAACAACUGCUGACCUGGAAGACACCAUUGUAGAAGGAGUCCCUCCCUCUGGGAGCGGUGAUGUCCUGAGGAGACGUAUUGCUACCCCGGAAGAAGUUCGUCUUCCCCUCCAACAUGGAUGGCGGAGAGAGGUGCGCAUCAAGAAGGGCAGCCACCGGUGGCAGGGGGAGACCUGGUACUACGGCCCUUGUGGGAAGAGGAUGAAACAGUUCCCGGAAGUGAUCAAGUACCUGAGCCGCAACGUGGUACACAACGUCCGUCGGGAGCACUUCAGCUUCAGUCCCCGUAUGCCUGUCGGUGAUUUCUUUGAAGAGAGAGACACACCAGAGGGCUUGCAGUGGGUACAGCUCUCAGCUGAGGAGAUCCCAUCCAGGAUUCAGGCAAUCACUGGGAAACGGGGCCGACCUCGGAACACUGAGAAGGCCAAGACCAAGGAAGCCCCGAAGGUGAAACGGGGCCGAGGUCGGCCACCCAAGGUCAAAGGCGCUGAGCUGCUGAGCAAGACAGACACCCGCCUGCUGAGGAGACUGGAGGCCCAAGAAACACUGAAUGAGGAGGAUAAAGCAAAGAUGUGUAAAAUCAAGAAGAAGAUAAAGCAGAAGGUGCAGCGGGGAGAGUGUCAGACUACAAACCAAGGGCAGGCCAAAAACAAGAGGAAACAAGAGACCAAGAGCUUAAAGCAGAAGGAAGCCAAGAAGAAAUCCAAGGCUGAGAAGGAGAAGGUGAAAACAAAGCAGGAAAAACUGAAGGACAGAGUCAAGAAGGAGAAGAAGGAGAAGGUGAAGACGAAGGAGAAGGAGGCGGCGGCCAAGACCACGCCGGCGGGGAAAGCAGAUAAAGUGCUGGCCACCCAGCGGCGCUUGGAGGAGCGGCAGAGGCAGCAGAUGAUCUUGGAGGAGAUGAAGAGGCCCACGGAGGACAUGUGUCUGCCUGACCACCAGCCGCUGCCUGACUUCUCCCGCAUCCCGGGUCUGCUCCUGCCGAGCGGGGCCUUCUCAGACUGCCUGACCAUCGUGGAGUUCCUGCACAGCUUCGGCAAGGUGCUGGGCUUUGACCCCGCCAAAGAUGUCCCUAGUCUGGGGGUCCUGCAGGAGGGGCUCCUCUGUCAAGGCAGCAGCUCGGGCGAGGUGCAGGACCUCCUGGUGCGACUCCUGAAGGCUGCGCUCUGCGACCCUGGCCUGCCCUGCUACUGCCAGUCCUUAAAGAUCUUGGGGGAGAAGGUGUCCGAGAUCCCACUAACAAGAGACAAUGUAUCUGAGAUCCUGCGCUGCUUCCUCAUGGCAUAUGGAGUGGAGCCAGCCCUCUGUGACAGCCUGCGCACCCAGCCUUUUCAAGCCCAGCCACCCCAACAGAAGGCUGCUGUCCUGGCCUUCCUUGUGCAUGAGCUCAAUGGCUCCACCCUCAUCAUCAACGAGAUUGACAAGACUCUCGAGAGUAUGUCCAGCUACAGGAAAAACAAGUGGAUUGUUGAAGGCCGACUGCGGAGAUUGAAAACUGCUCUGGCCAAGCGCACGGGGCGACCUGAGCUCGAGCUGCAGGGGCCAGAGGAAGGCCUGGGGCGCAGGCGCAGUCCUCGGGUCCUGGAGGAGACCAGCGGCGUGGAGGAGGACGGGGAGGAGGAGGCCGCAGCCGCUGUCCACGGCCGCAGGGCUCGGAGGGACGGAGAGGUUGAUAUCACAGCAUCUAGCAUCCCAGAGCUAGAGCGCCAGAUAGAAAAACUGAGCAAGCGUCAGCUCUUCUUUAGAAAAAAGCUGCUUCACUCAUCCCAGAUGCUUCGAGCAGUCUCCUUGGGUCAGGACCGCUACAGACGCCGCUACUGGGUGUUGCCCUGUUUGACUGGUAUCUUUGUGGAAGGAGCAGAGGGGAGCUUAGUUCCUGAGGAUGUGAUAAAGCAGGAAACUGACUCCUUAAAAGUGGCAACCCAUUCAGCAACCAGCCCAGCCUCCUUCUCUCUGAAGAGGGAGUUAGCUGGCUCCAGCACCUCUGCCAGUUCUCCUGCCCGGGCUCGAGGCCGACCUCGGAAAACUAAGCCUGGCUCUAUGCAACCUAGGCACUUGAAAUCUCUUUCCAAGGGUCAAGGUUCAGAAGAGCCUCAGACCCAGCUUCAGCCUGAGAUUCAGUCCCAUCCUCAGCUUCAGGCUCAUGCCCAGCCCCAGCUUCAGUCCCAUCCUCACUCUCAUAAUGGGUUCCUGGAGCCAGAAGGCUCCCCAUUGUCUCUGGGUCAGAGCCAGCAUGACCUCAGCCAGUCAGCCUUCCUGUCUUGGCUGAGCCAGACUCAGAACCACGGCUCCCUGCUCAGCAGCUCAGUCCUCACGCCUGACAGCAGUCCCGGAAAACUGGACCCAGCCCCAUCACAUGCCCCAGAAGAGCCAGAACCUGACGAGACAGAAGCCAGCCCUGAUUCUCAAACUCCCUGGUUUAAUUUCUCAGCCCAGAUGCCCUGCAUUGCUGCCCCUACACCACCCCCUGCAGUUUCUGAGGACCAGCCCACUCUUUCCCCUCAGCUACCUGCUUCUUCCAAGCCAGGGAGCAGAGCCAGUGCCGCCAGCUCCUGUUCUCCAGGGCCAUUCUCUUCCACGCCUUUGCUGGGCAUGGCUCCUAAAAGGCGAGCAGGAGAUCCUGGAGAAACACCACACAGCCCUGCAGGGCAGGGACAGCCGAAGCGGAGAGGGAGGCCUCCCAGUAAGUUUUUCAAACAGAUGGAGCAGCGCUACCUAACGCAGCUGACAGCCCAGCCUGUCCCGCCCGAGAUGCGCUCCGGCUGGUGGUGGAUCCGGGAUCCUGAGACGCUGGAUGCCACGCUUCAGGCCCUGCACCCCCGAGGCAUCCGAGAGAAAGCGCUUCACAAACACCUGAGCAAACACAGGGACCUCCUGCAGGAAGUCUGCCUGCGGCCCGCAGCAGACCCCAUCUUUGAGCCCAGUCAGCUACCUGCCUGUGAAGAAGGGAUCGUGAGCUGGACCCCCAAAGAGAAGACGUACGAGACAGACCUGGCCGUGCUUCAGUGGGUGGAGGAGCUGGAGCAGCGGGUGAUCCUGUCUGACCUGCAGAUUCGGGGCUGGACAUGUCCCAGCCCAGACUCCACUCGUGAAGACUUGGCCUACUGUGAGCACCUAGCUGAUUCCCAGGAGGACAUCACCUGGCGGGGUCGGGGCAAGGAAGGUCUGGCACCCCAGCGCAAAACUACCAACCCCCUGGACCUGGCGGUGACGCGGCUUGCUGCCCUGGAGCAGAACGUGGAGCGGCGGUACCUGCGGGAGCCCCUGUGGCCCGCUCACGAGGUGGUGCUGGAGAAGGCCCUGCUCAGCACGCCCGGCAGUGCCCCGCAGAGCGCGCCCACGGAGAUAUCAUAUGAGAUCACCCCUCGAGUUCGGGCCUGGCGCCAAACGCUAGAGCGAUGCCGGAGCGCGGCCCAGGUCUGUCUGUGCCUGGGCCAGCUGGAGAGGUCCAUUGCCUGGGAGAAGUCCGUCAACAAAGUGACCUGUCUAGUCUGCCGGAAGGGUGACAACGAUGAGUUUCUUCUGCUUUGUGAUGGAUGUGAUCGUGGCUGCCAUAUUUACUGCCUUCGGCCCAAGAUGGAGGCUGUCCCAGAAGGAGACUGGUUCUGUGCUGUCUGUCUGGCCCAGCAGGUGGAAGGAGAACUGACUCAGAAAUCUGGUUUCCCAAAACGAGGCCAGAAGCGGAAAAGCAGUUAUGUGCUGAACUUCCCAGACGGUGACAGCCGACGGCGCCGGCUGCUGCCAAGGGGCCGAGAGAGCCCAGCAGCGCCCCGGUGCUCAGAGGAAGGGCUGUCCCCCUCGAAGCGGCGGCGCGUCUCCAUGCGGAACCAUCACAGUGAUCUCACGUUCUGCGAGAUUAUCUUGAUGGAGAUGGAGUCCCAUGAUGCAGCUUGGCCUUUCCUAGAGCCUGUGAACCCACGAUUGGUGAGCGGGUACCGGCGUAUCAUCAAAAACCCUAUGGAUUUUUCCACCAUGCGGGAGCGACUGCUCCGGGGAGGGUACGCCAGCUCGGAGGAGUUUGCCGCUGACGCGCUCCUGGUGUUUGACAACUGUCAGACUUUCAAUGAGGACGACUCUGAAGUGGGCAGGGCUGGGCACACCAUGCGCCGCUUCUUUGAGAGCCGCUGGGAGGAGUUUUAUCAGGGAAAGCAGGCCAAUCUGUGAGGCAUGGGAGUGGGGAGUCACCUUGUGGCAUUGCCCCCUGCCCUCCACACAAACCCUGCCGUUCUCACCUGCUGAUGCUGCCCUGGGUCCAGACUCAGAGGGAGAACCCUGGUUCUUCACCUUGCCCUUGGCAGCGCCCUAUGUCUUCUCAUCCUUACACCCUCUCUCCCUCUCCUCCUCUUGUUCCUCAAGUAAGAGGGGCAGAGAUGAGGUCCUUCUGGACUGAAAGCCAAAAAAGAAAGAAAAAAUAAUUUUUCCUUUCUGUUUUAUUUCCUAAUUAAAUAAGAGGAGGAGGAAAGAAGCCCCUACUUCCUCCUCCCAGCUUCCUCACCUUCCCUGUACGUGCCCCAGCAUUCUGGGGCUAUUUAACAAUAGCAAUAGUUCUAGUGAAUGUGUGAAACCGAGAAACACUCUGUACUGUGUGUGGACCCGCAGUGACGGCCAGUAAAGUGGACUUAACUCCCAAGCGUGUCGAGCCGGACACCGGGCCCUGAACAUGCUGCUUCCAUGCUCAGUCCCCCCUGCUUCUCUCUCUCUCUCAGCCCCCUCUCCCCUUCAGAUCUGUCUCUCAUCCAGUAAUGUAAAACUAUUGUGUACGGGUUCCUCCAUCCUUUUCUCUUCCCCCAAAUCUUUUUUCCCUUCAAAGGAAAAAGUUCAGAGGUCCCUGUCUUUCUCUCUGUCCUCAUCUUCCUGCCAAUAGCUAGCCCCUCGAUAAUGUUGGAUACUCCUCAAAUGCUGAGUUUCUAGCCUUUUCUGAAACUCAGUAAACUGGGGAGAGGGCCGGGAGGCACCCUGGACCUUCCAGCCUCCUUCCCCACCUCUUACCCAAACCUCCCUCUUGGGAACUCCUCAGGGACAACUACUGCUGAGUUUGGGCACACCCCAAGAUGGGGGCCAGGUAGCAAUCGACUGGCCUCAGAGAGAGAGAGAGAGGUGUGUGGGUGUGUGUGUGUGAGAGAGAGGAUGUGAUUGUGCCCCUGUUUUUUGGUGGCAUCCAUUCAGUUUUUUCCCAAGUAUCUGUUUCCCAUUGUUUCAAACCAUUGAAACACCUUUCUCAUUGUUUCAAACGAUCACGUUGUCUUUGGGAAACCACAGGAACAGUUUUUCUGGGUCAAAGCUGUGUCUCUUCCCUCUCUCCCAGGCGUUUCUGUUCCAGCCUCUUCAAACUGUGCAAUCUUCUAGCAGGAACACCCUCUCCUUUGAGCAGCGCUGAGUCCUAAGCCUUUGCAGGGAGGGGGCAGAACUGGAUCUCUUCCUGAUCCCAUGCGCUUCUGUGGGUUUAGUUGUGCUUUCCUUCCGUAGCUACUUUAUAUCCUGGGGCCCCUUCCCCAGUAGCAGAGACCCCAGAGCACAAGUGAGUAGGGAGGAGAUGCUCUGGGUCCACCACUGCCCGACAUGUGAGAGGAAAGCUGCUAACUCCCAGCUAUAGCCAUGGGCCCCUGGCCCCCUGCCUUCCUGCUCAGCAGAGCCCCUCCCAUCAGAGAUUACGGGUACUUGCACUGGGGAGGUGGCUGCUGGCUGGCCCAAGCAGAGAGCUGAGGCAUCCCAGAGAUGUCCCACUGGUGGGAGAGGGGUGCCGGGCGAGGGGGAGCGUUCCUGUCCUUCGAGCAGCACUGACUAGCCACUGAAGGGGGUGGGGCGGUGUGGGUCCCGGGGCAGCCCCUUUCUUUCUUUAUGCCCCUACUCCCCCAUAGCCUAUUUCUAAAGUCGCCUUUUCUGUCAGAUAAACCUCAGAACUUUUAAUUUUAUUUGAGAUUUUUUUUUUUUUUGCUUUUAAAUAAGAGGUGGAUUGAAGAAUAUUUGAAUUGACUUUAUAUUAUGCAUAAAUAUUUAUAUUUUAUCUAAAUAACUGCUCUGUAACAAACUUUGUGUUAGUCAGGCAUUUGGAACUGUUAUAGUUGGGGGCUCUUCUUCCCCACGGCAGUUUUCCCCAGUAUAAAAUGUUCUAGAUUAAUUUUACCGUUGGAGGUUAGGUGGACGGGGGAGUGAAGUUUCAGUUGUUCCUGCUCUGCGUUCCUCUCCCAGCUCCAUCUCUUUCCCUAGGGACCAGGCGCUCUGAAGGUGGGGUGGAGUCCUAGCCUCAGUUUGGAGUGGGGGUUGAUGGGGGGUGGGGAUAGGGCUGAUCAAAGGGGCCAUUUCUCACUUUCCUUUCCUCAUCUUCACUGCCCCUGAGCUAGGUGGGUUUUCUCUCCUUGACAAGAGUGUUUGAUAGGGAAGGCAAGUGUUAAAAGUAAAUAAAACCCACCCCCGCCCCUUUGUUUCCCUUCCCCCAUCAGUCUGGUAACAGGAAGAAACCACACCAUCAACACCAACAAAUCUCCACGUUCCUUUUACAACAGAAGGGACUUGACUUUUUAUAUAACCAAAUGUGGUGUUUUAGUGACUUUUUGAUAAUGUACAGUUUUUUGUGAAUUUAAAUUUAUUUCUUUCUAUAUUUUUAGGACCAAUCUCAUUUUUAAUAAGGUAAAAAAAGGAAAAAAAGUCUAGAGAUAAAAAAAAAAACUCCUGUUUUUGCCAUGUGAUGUUCCACAAGUGCAGCUGUAGAAAAGUGCUUGUCAGUUGAAUAAAAACCACAUUUGAUAGAGA